ACCACUGGAAAUCGAAAUUCUCAUAAGUUUAUAAGUUCAUAUAUCAAUCACUCUCUCUAGAAAAUUCUUCGUUUCUCAAUUCUCUCCGGACACAUGACGUCGACAGCGAAUGACCAAUCGAAACCGGUGACAGGGUAUCCGAUGGGGUACCCACCGGCGGCGACUGCAAGCUACCAGUCCACCGCCGGUUAUCCAAACAGUACCGCUGGCACAGCCUACCCAUACGCAGCUCCACCGCCAGGGCCGGGCCCAUACUAUUAUCCUUCUUCCUCCUACGACAACCAGCGUCGGCGCGCCACCUUCCUCCGCCGUUUACUAAUCGCUGCCUUAGCGGUGGUUGUCAUUAUUGGUUGCAUCACCUUCAUCACUUGGCUCGUCCUCCGCCCUCGUGUCCCCGAGUUUCAACUCGACUCGGCCUCUGUCUCAUCUUUCAAUGUCUCCUCAUCUGACCUAACUGCCAAUUGGGAUCUGAACUUCACUGUUCGAAACCCUAACAAGAAGCUCACCGUUUUUUAUAGCAACUUCCGCGGUGUCAUCUUCUACGACCGUAUGCAACUCGCGGAAACGUCGCUGCCACCGUUUGAGCAGGGGAAGAGGAACCAGACCACAGUGAGGGCGAAGUUCGCGGCUUCGUCGACGUAUGUUGACGACAACCUUGCCAAGUCCCUUGCAACGGAUCGGAGCCAAGGGGCUGUGAGCUUCAAUGUGAGGCUGGUGACUUGGGUUAAGUUUAAAACCGGAUGGUGGAGGACCAGGAUGCAUUGGAUGUCUGUUCAUUGUAGCGACGUCAGGAUCUCGUUUAAAUCCAACUCUGGGGUUGGGUCCUUGACCGGUGGACCUAGAGGAUGUGACGUUUAUCUGUGAGUUGAAGAUGUCUGAUGUCUUCUUUUUCAGGUUGAUCGGUUAGGGAUUUCUCUGAUAGUUAUGUAAUAAUACUUUUAGUGGUUCAAUAGUUUCUUCUUCUUCCCCAGCAAAUCACUUUUAAAAAAAAGGGGGGGGGGGGGGGAGGGGAUUUCUGUGGAUACGAUAUAUGAAGAUGAUGAAUUUGAAUUUAGGGUUAUACAUAUCCCCAUAUCUAUGACUGUAUGUAUAUAUAUAUAUAUCAGUUGAGCCAUUCUGAAGUGUGUUAUUUCGUAUAAUGGUUUCAGUAUCAUUUGUACUUGUGUUUUGGGUUUUAUGGGGGUGGUAGCUUUGAAGCAAUUUGAUUUGUAGUCUCAUGAAAUAUUGUGUGUAGGACAUUUUGCUUAGAGCUGGUAGAAGAUCAUGAAAUUAUGUAUACAUUGAGAUUUAUAGGAAUCAGUGCGAACAAGUAAUUGAAAUAUUUCCCAUUUUAUGUUUGUAA